UCAUCACUCCAUCCGUUUGGGAAGUUCUAGAAUUUCGAGCCUUUUUUUUCAGCUUAGUUUCAACGCAAACAAACACACACUAAAAACCGUCGAUUUAUUCAUCUCACAAACAAUCUGAGCCGUUCAUUCAAAUCCAAAAGCGCGGGAAAAUCCAAAACGUUUGUAAUAAAAAGAGAAAGCACAGAAGCCGAAGUCACACGCACGCAUUGAGAAAGCGAGAGAGAAAGAGAUUAUCAAGAAAAAAAAACACAGAGAGCAUUCUGAAGAAAUGGCACCAAAACGCAAGGCCGAGAAAGCUGCAGAGCCGGCGGCGAAGUCGGGAAGGGUGACUCGCUCCGCCACGAGACUUACUCGUUCCGGUGCCAAGAGUUCUUCUGUGGCUAACUUUAUCGAGUUACCUAACUCUACUAGGAAAUCACCGGUGAAGCCGAAGAAAGCUGAGGUUAAAGGUAAGGGCAAAGGGAAAGUGAAAGAAGAAGGUGAAGGCUCUGGAGCUGUUAAAGAAGAGACUGCCCAGACUGUUGUCGUCAUCGAGCAUUGCACGCAAUGCAAAUCUUUUAAGACGAGAGCUUCUCAAGUGAAGGAAGCUCUGGAGAGUAGCGAAUCUGAUGUUGUUGUGAAGCUGAACCCUGACAAGCCAAGAAGAGGUUGUUUUGAAAUACGCCUUGAAGAUGGAGACAAGACUUUCAUCAGCCUUUUGGACAUGAAACGUCCAUUCAAGCCGAUGAAAGAUCUUGACAUGGGCAAGGUCAUCUCGGAUAUCAUUGAUGAUUUAUCCAAUGCUAGUUGAUCUAGUUGUUUCACAAGUUCUUUCAUAGCUGAGUUGUAGUCAAUUUAGAAUUACUGGUCCAAGGCAGUCAUUUUGGGCAUGUUAACUGCCUUGAUCUUGGUUUUAGGGAAUCAUAUUCAGGUUAAAAUGCAUAUUCAGAUCAAAUAGUUGAAUUUUUUGUAACUUUCUAUUGCUUUAUGUUUACAAUUUCCAAUGGUUCCAUGAAAUUGAUUUAUUUGCUAUUUCAA